AUGACUUCAACCCCGACUUCGAUAUCGAAUUCCGGAGCCCCCGGUGUCCCAGACCCUCAGGCCGCGCAGAAAAUCGACAGCGUUGGUUCGGGGAGCGCUCGCGCGCCGGUGACGAAUUCAAAGCAUGACUAUAAGGGGUUCGUGGCUGGUGUGUUUUCGGGAAUUGCGAAGCUGAGCGUUGGCCAUCCAUUCGACACCGUUAAAGUCCGCCUACAAACAAGCAAAGAUGGUCAUUUCAGAGGCCCCUUAGAUUGCGUGCUACAGACAGUGCGCAAGGAAGGUGUGAGUGGGCUGUAUAAAGGAGCGACGCCGCCGCUGGUCGGAUGGAUGGUGAUGGAUUCAGUCAUGCUUGGUUCUUUGACGUUAUACCGCCGACUCCUUCUCGAACAUGUCUUUUCGAAACCGGAACUGCGAUCGCUGGUCCCAUUCGCUAGAAAGGAUCCGGACCUGCUCACGCUGCCUAGCUUCGGUCAUGGUAUCGCUGGUAUCCUGGCCGGUACUACGGUCAGCUUUAUUGCCGCCCCUGUGGAACAUGUCAAGGCGCGCCUACAAAUCCAAUACGCUGCGGAUAAGUCCGGCCGUAUGUACAGCGGCCCGAUCGACUGCACUACUAAGAUUCUCCGAACACAUGGAAUCUCCGGUCUCUAUCGGGGUCUCUGCGCUACGAUCUUCUUCCGCGCGUUCUUUUUCUUCUGGUGGGGAUCCUACGACGUCCUGACGCGAUGGAUGAAAAACUCCACCAACAUGUCGGCGCCCGCGAUCAACUUCUGGGCCGGCGGUAUCUCGGCACAAAUCUUCUGGCUCACGUCGUACCCGUCGGACGUGGUGAAGCAGCGCCUCAUGACGGAUCCCAUGGGCGGCGCUCUUGGAGACGGACAGCGGAAAUUCCAGUAUUGGAAGGACGCGGCUCGGGCGGUUUAUCGUGAGCGCGGUUUGAAGGGAUACUGGAGGGGAUUUGUACCCUGCUUCCUGCGAGCAUUCCCGGCGAAUGCGAUGGCAUUGGUAGCCUUUGAGGGUGUGAUGCGGUCUCUGCCGUGA